AUGUCGAGUUCGUCGCUGCUCUUCUCCACCUUGACGCCAGCCUCGCCGUCCACGUCCAGCUUCACCUCAUCCUCGCGUAGCCGACCCGAAUAUCGCAGGUCGUCCACCUUCUCGGGCGCCUCGAUCUACUCGCGCGACAGCUGGUGCUCCAACGCCGAAUCCGACAUCUCCGUCUCCUCCACAACACAGGGCCACAUCUCGCACGAACAAAAGGCUUUCGAGCAGGUUGUCCUCGCCAGCAUCGCCACCAACGCCAUCUUCGGAUCCACCUCGCCCCGCAAGAAUCGCUCAGCAGGCAUGCGCACCUCCAUCGACUCGGCACGUUCCUGGACCUCAUCUGGCUCCUCGGUUCGUUCGCCUCUCACUCCCGAGGCCCCGCUCUCUGCGCUCCGCGAGGACGAGGUGACUAAGACGCCCAUGCUCGCCACCAUCGCACUGCCACCAGUCGACGAGAUGCCCAAGCGCAGGCGCCCUCAGCUCUCGAGGAUCGUCUCGGACGAGGUUCAGUACAUUGGUCGAUCGCUCGACGUGCCCGUGUCCGAGGACGGUCACGCGGAACGCUCGGUGUGCAUCCAACGCUCCGCGUCCACUACCUCUUCGGCAUCGCGUAACUCGAAUCGCUACUUGCGCUUCAGCCAGGCAGGCGGCAAGGACGAUCUCAAGCUCGCCAUGGACGAGCUCGAGCAAGAGCUUGCACGCACCAUGGCAACACUCUCGGCAUCCAACUCGCCCGCUUCUACCGUCUCGGUCAGGUCCAGGUCCAAGGCGCAGAGGAGGCCUCACACUGCAGACAAGGUCAUGGCCGUUGGAUCCGCCAAGGCUUAUCCCACCGGCCUCGCUCAGGUGGCCGUGGGUUCGAGUGCAUCGAUGCCAUCGCGAUCACGAUUCCAACGCGAGUCGUGGAUGUCAUCGAGCAGCAUCGCUCACGAGGGCGAGGCGAUCUUCUUUACCAAUCCCAUCCGCUUCUCUGCGUCCGACCUCACGCUGCUCGCCGAGGGAGCGGAAGCUUCGAGGCGCUCGAGCGUCAUGAGCAUCCAGGACGAGUGCGAGCGCCCGAUCUCGACGGCUUCGAGCUACUCGAGCCUCGCAUUGCGAAGUGCGCUCGACGACGCUGGUGUGCCCGCGCUUGUGUUUGAUGGACGUCACUCGGGCUCGUCCACCGGCUCGUCCGUGGGUUCGUUCCAGGACGCUUCGAGCAGGCCGGGCAGUCUGGUGGUUGUGCCGCCCGUGCGCACGUCGAGCAAGCGUCGUCCAGGCACGGCACGCGCAGAGACCGCUGCCGGGGGUAUCCCCAGGGCCGGGCUGUACCAGCUCGGCAAGGCAUCGCGCUCGACACCCUCGCUGGUGUCGAGGCCGCCGCACGAGCCGCUUCCACCGCUCCCGAGUCUGCCUGCUGGUCUCAGCCAGCUGCUGGCCAGUGCACCCGCACCGCCGCCGCGACCCACCAAGUCGCUCGCUCGAACCCCCACUUCGAGCCACCGCAACAGUCCAGUGCCCUGGACUGACAAGGCUCUGCCACGCAUUCCGUGCUAA